AAGAUGUUAAAUAAUUCCAGUGGAUUAGUUUGGUUUAACCCACGUGAUCCCACACAUACACACACAAGUUCAUUCAUUCAUUCCCAACCUACCUGAGUGGCAGACAUCUGACAGGAGACAAAUGAGUACUUUAGAAGAUGUACCGUUUGGAACCCCGCUGGGUUCUCUGGGGCAGGACAUUUAUCUAAUGACGCCUCCAGACAUCUCCAUGCCUGAUUUUCCCCGGAUCCUGCAAGAAACUCAGUAUGGUUUCAACCUGGAGAGGCUGAUACUGACAUGCCAGCAGCCUGCCUAUGAAGCUCCAUCCUGCCCCCCCUACUGGCUGAUGUUCAACAGCCCUCAUGAGUGCUGCAGGGGGGGCCCUCAUCGCACCGCUGACCCUUGGAGCUCCAAGUCUCGGGCCCGCAGUUACAGCCUGAACUCCGCGGAUGUUCACUGGCUGCACCAUCGCACCCUGCGCUUCCUCAGAUCCGACUCGGAUGAAGAAGACGGUUACUGCGAAGACAACGAAGGCUCCUCCCCUGAAGAUGCUCCUCGAGAGCUCGCAAGGUGUCGAGAGCGGACCCGCAGCGCCGUCCUCACCAGGGUGCAAGACAUGCACCUGGACUUUCAUACACCGUGCUGCCGGCCCGAGUUGUCCCUUAGGAAUCACAGAGGCACCUCACCAGAGUGUCUCCCCCCGCAGGCCGGACCUCUCCCAGCAGGACAGAAGAGCAGCAAGAAGAAGCAGCGUGCACACAGUGCUGUGGGAAGACUACACCCCCAGAACCAAGCCCCCGCUGGCCCCACUGCCUCCAGGUUGCAGCAGCAACGGCCCUCCUCUGCAGGGCCCUCCAUUAAAAAUCGCAGGCAAAAGGCUUUGAAGACCGGAGGAGCUUUCCUGGACUCGGCGACAGAACUGCUGUCAGCUCUCAGCCAAGAGGAGAGGGAGCUGCUGGAAGCGGUCACUGACAAAGGUUAUCCUUUACGUACGGCAAUUUUGGCUCUGCAGAAGACUGGAUACAACAGCCCAGACAAGCUCUUGAAGUACCUGGUAGCCUGCAAUCAUCUCUGUGAGCUGGGUUACGAGGAAGCGCAAGUUGAGGAGGCCUUAGAGAUGUUCCAGAACUGUGAAAGCAAAGCUGCUGAGUUUCUGCGCCUUCUCACUCAGUUUAAUGAGAUGGGCUUCCAGCAAAGUGCAAUCAAGGAAGUUCUGCUUGUUCAUGAAAAUCAUCGUGAAAAGGCUCUUGAAGAAUUGAUGACCCGCAUGUCUUAAACCAAACAUGGAGGAAUGUUCUACCUUCUAUGCUAUAUGGGGCGAUCUGCCAAACUACUUCAAUGUGCUGUCCCAUUUCCAAUAAAAAAGGUUUAACAAAACAA